AUGGCUCCCACGAACCUGCCAACCAUGGCGGCGCCACAGGCGCAGAAGACCAUGUCUUCUCGCUUGAUGACGAUGAAGUUCAUGCAGAGAGCUGCUGCUACUGCUGCUACUGCGUCACCAACCGAUAAGCCCAGCACCCCGAAGACAGAGGACGAGGGUCCCUCAAAGCGCCGGAAGCAUUCUCAUGCAUCGAAAACGAGCACACCCAACCCGGAGGCCGACCAGGCAUUGUUUGAUCAAAAGGCCAUCCAGGCUGCGCUGGAGGAAGAAGAGAAGAAGCGACAAGCUGCCAUUGAAAAGCGUGCUGCAGAGCUUGGUGACUCCCACUGGGUCUUGCCCGGGGCUUCCGUCGCCCCCAAGGCCGGGGCUCGCCCGGUGCUGAAUGUUGUUCAAGUUGGAUUUGCGCAGAUUGACUACUCAGGCAAUGCGAGUGAUGACGAUGACGCUCCCGCCGCUGUUCCCACCACCGCCCGCUUCCGCCAAUUCAACAUGAAGAAAAAGGCAUGUUUUGACAGUGAUAGCUCAGGCUCAGACUCCGACGACGACCGCUCUGAGGGUGAAGCAUCUUCCGACUCCAACAAGCAGGCAGACCGAGGCCAACAGAAGGGUGCCAAUCCCAGGGGGCAGAAGCGGGCAAGGCCGGGAUCCUCGUUCUCUGACAAGAGAAGCGAGGAGCGCAAGAAGGCCGCACAGUUUGCGCAAGGCCGACGGAAGAGGGAGGUCAAUCCCAACCGUCCUGCCACGAUAUCUGGAUCGGGUGGCCAGCCACAAGGCUUUCAGCGGCAGGCUUUCACCGGGGCCUGCCACACAUGUGGACAAAACGGUCAUCGAGCUGCUGACUGCCCCCGCAAGUCGCGGAAGUAG